CAAUUGAGCCUGCGUCCCGGGCGCCUGCGAGCGUCGUCAGUCCCGCGACGGCAGCGUCUAGAUCGCGAUGCCCAGCGUCCGUAGCUGAUGGCGACCUCGACGUCCCCGUACCUCGCACCUAAAAAGACCGAAUCGCACACUCUUACGCAAUAACGCAGUUACAGUGAGUGAAAAUGCAAAAUAAUCAAGAGGGGCCAAGUCCGGCCGCGACGGGGGCCACCGGUACCGCCAGCACCAAGAGCCACGUCAACGGCGGCAGGUUCGAUUUCGACGAUGGUGGCACUUACUGCGGAGGCUGGGAAGAGGGUAAAGCCCACGGACACGGGGUGUGCACUGGACCUAAAGGACAGGGAGCCUACUCAGGAUCUUGGCAUUACGGAUUCGAAGUUUCUGGGGUCUAUAAUUGGCCGAGUGGAAGCUGCUUCGAAGGUCAGUGGCAGAACGGAAAGAGACAUGGAUUGGGUGUGGAGACGAGAGGGAGAUGGAUAUACAGGGGGGAAUGGACGCAAGGCUUCAAAGGCAGAUAUGGUGUUCGGCAAUCAAACACUUCAACUGCGAAAUACGAGGGAACAUGGGCUAAUGGAUUACAAGACGGUUACGGUUCAGAAACAUACGCAGAUGAUGGUACAUAUCAGGGGCAAUGGAUGCGCGGCAUGAGGCACGGUUACGGCAUAAGGACGAGCGCGCCGUUCGGGAAGGCUUCCAAAUACAGGGCGAACAAAAAUAUAAGGGCAUCGCUCACUUCCCUCAGGAGCUCGGACAUCGGGAAUGCCGCGCCUCCGGAAGCGGUGGAAAAGAGAGACCGAAGGGCCGAGGACGCCAGGGGCGGUUUCGUACUGAAGAAAAGCAGCGCAGAGCCACAAGUCAGGAGGAGGUCGCUCGGAUCGGGGAACAUAAAGAAGGGUAUUCUGAUGGGCCUCAAGUUGAAAAAGCAACGGAGCACAAGCGACCUGGAAGGGAAAAGAUCGGGUACAACAGGUAGCAUCAGGUCGGCAGGUUCAAGCUCUUCCUGGAUGAGUACGGAUUCUAUGCAAUCCGGCUUGACGAACACUUCCAUUCCGUCAGAUUCCAACGCCAGUUUUGUUGUUGAGGACGAACAGAUGGACCCCAACGUGACCGAGACGUACAUGGGCGAAUGGAAGAACGACAAGAGGUCCGGUUACGGCAUCAGCGAACGUUCGGACGGUUUGAAAUACGAGGGCGAAUGGUUCGCGAACAAAAAAUACGGUUACGGCGUGACGACGUUCAGUAACGGCGACAAAGAGGAGGGCAAAUACAAGAACAAUGUGCUAAUCACCUCGUCGAAACGAAAACUUUUCCUAAUGCGAUCCGCGAAGUUCCGCGAACGGAUAGAGGCGGCCGUGAACGCAGCUCAGCGAGCCUCCAAGAUCGCCCUCCAGAAGGCGGACAUAGCGAUAACGAGGACGGCGACUGCCAGGGGCAAAGGCGAACAGGCCGAUCAGUCCGCCGCGCAGGCCAGAGACGACUCCGACAUAGCGUUGGCGGUGGCCAAGCAGUACGCGCCCGACUUCAAGCAGCCGGGCCUGGAGAGGCUGAAGCAGAGACAGAUGGCGGCACGGAGCAGGAUCAACAGCGACAUGGAAUCGAAGACUACGAACGCCGUCAACGAGACGGAACCGAAACAGAACGACUACAAUCAGAUGAACUCUAACCCAGCGCAGAAAAUAGACAAUCCCGUCGGUAAUUCCAUAAACAACUACAAUCAGAGCUAUCAGGAUCGGAUAUCCAACGAUCACCAGCAGUACCAACACCAACAGCAGUAUCAGUAUCAGAACAGGCUCAAUUCGGUCAGCGCGGUAGACGGCGGCGGCAAUCCCUACAACAAACCGAACGCGAUGAAAAAUCAUCACGUGCACGAGUUCGGGCCGCAGAUGCCGAACAACGUGGAUAAGAUGAACAACGAUUAUCUUUCCAAACCGAGAAAUUCCAUCGCGAUGGAAAACCACCAUAACCCGGAUAGUCAUGGGAAUAGCAUUUUGAGGAAGAUGUCCAGAGUGUCGAGAGAUCGACCUUACUUGGGAAAUAUCAGUCAACAAUCAUCGAUAGACCACUUCGACCACUACAAACGACCGCCAAGCAGAGAUUCGAGCGUGGACAGGUAUUCCAGGGCCACCGGCCGGCUGUCGGCCACCGGUUCCCGACAGGCGAGCAUAGACAGGACGAUCAAACCCAGCGAGACGCCGGACAGGACGAUAAGGGCGCCCUCGAUAGCGCGCAGCACGACGCCCGUACCCAACGUUCCUCAGCAAAAUUUCCAGAAUCGCAACGGCGGCGUUUUCAACGCUUCCAGCAGCUCCUCGAUGGCGUCGAACGGUAGCGUCCAGAACAGUCCUCCCUUCGAAGACAUCAUAAUGAGGAAGAGGGGUCUGGGUCAGGAUAUUAUUCCUUCGCCGAAUCAGCCGAAGAGGACUGAGAGUCUAUUCAUUCCCGGUGGCGGCGUUGUCGGUGCCGCGCCUCCCUCCAAUGCCAAGAAUUUGGUGACGCAGUCUUCUCUGGCGCGAAAGAAAUCACUGCCUGACGUACAAGAACUUCCAAGGGCCACUUACCAGAUGAGCAGGGAAGAAGUAUCGGCUUUGGGGUCGGCGAGAAGAGAAGAAGUCCGAAGGCAAAUCGACGAAAAAGAACGAUUGAAAGCGAAUCCACUUUUGUGGUUGGUCAGCCCGCAGGUCAAGGAUUGGAUUUACCGACAGCAGCUGGUAAUUGUUGUGCUUUUCGUCAACGUAUGUCUCGCCAUCAUGUUCAUCAAGUUGCUGACAUAGUACAGGUUUUGCGUCAUCAGUGGACGCUUUUUUUAUCAAACAUUACGACUAGAUGAAUUGGAUAUUUAUAUUAUCGUGACAAACUUCAAAGGUGGAUGAUUCAGAAAUGAUAUUUUAUACUGAUCUGCCUUAUCUAUUCAUUAUCUCAACUUAUGAAAUCGUAUUAAGAACUUUUACUAAGGAAUCGCGAAUUUUUUAGGAAUUCUUGGAAAUUUUCCCAUCGACCAACAUUUUAGAACUGUAAUGUUCUAUAUCGUGCUUAUCUUGCGUUUUCUUUCUCGAAUCUUGUAUCCUAAAAACUUAUCAAAGAGCUUUGAGAAAUUCGUAUAUAAUUUUUAUACCAAAUUAUGAACUUGAAAAAGGGAAUAUUUAUUACUGGACAUCUUCCUUGUUCAAACCAUUAUCUAAGUGCGAUUUGUUUCGAUCCUUCGAAAUAAAAAUUAAGUGCCUUUGUUGAAAUUGGUGAUUUUCUUUCAAGAGAAAUUAUAUCCAGUAAAUUCAAAGAUGCAAAAGCGUUUUCUUGAAAAAAAAAUUCUUCUAUAUUCGAAUUGAACUAAUUCUAAAACUCGACCUUUCGAAAAUAUAUAUAGCUAUACAUUUAUAUACACAUAAUACUAUAUUCAAUGUUGUGGUUACCUUUGAACUAUUUUCGGCGUCAUUUUACGAUGAAAAUGAUCGCCACCAAAGUCGAUUUUCUCUUUUAGACGUAACUUUUGAGAGAUUUCUACUGAAUUUUUUCCAUUUCUGAAUUAUCUACCUGUCGUUUUGUAAUCUUAUAUAUUAUAUAAUAAUUGAGACAUAUUUUUACACUUUACUACAACGCAAGGUCGCGCGUAAUCUUUUAAAGUUAUUGUGUAUAUUUCACCCCUAUUUGUAUAGAAAUUAUUCAAUUCUGCAAGACCUGAUGUUGUCCUUUAUUUUUUCUUCUAUAUUGUCAGAUAUGUUGAAGUCAUUUUGCUGUUGGAGUUUUUUAGAUUUUAUCAACGCUAUUAUGUAGCAGACUCGUGCUAGGAAUAAAGGAAAUGCGAAUAAUUCUAAAGUUUAUCGAUAUUUUUCGUUGAAAAAAUGUAUCUAUGAUAUUUUCGUAUUUCCUUUAAUUCCGAAAAUUAUAGAUGUAAGUUUAAAUUGUUUGUUAUUUAUUCUAUUAAUAAAUAUAUAUUCAUUGUUGAGCAAUCGACUAUCCUGAAUCAUUUCAUUAUUUCGAUUAUUAUGAAAAUGAAUUAGGUUUUAAUUCACUGUUAUAUUUGUGAAUGAUUUUUUUUGUCCGAUUUUCAUGAGCUUUGAAAUUGUCCCCCUUUCAUAUUUGAGACUUAUUGUCCCACCUCUAACUAUAUCGAAUUAUUUGUAGUUGUUGUUUGGACCUUUUUCUUAAUUUCCAAGAAGUUAUUUUUUCCGAACGAAAAAAAUGUGAAUUUAUCUAGAGUUGGUGAUUCAUCAUCGAACUCUUUGAAUUGGUGAUAAAAUAGGAUAACCUUCCACGUCGAUUGAAUUUUCUCGGUGGAUUCUAUUUGUACGGACGAUUUGGAGCUCCAAUAUCAAACUAAAAAAAAUUUGAUGAGAAGAGAAGGAGUCUUUUGACGAUCUACUUGUGCUUUCGUCACAAGAAGCACUGGUUAAGAUUGGGUCAAAUCGUUUUUUAUGGAGCCGUCUUAUCGAUGAUUAACGAUUAAAUUUGAUAAUGUCGAUUAUAAGAGAUUUAUGUCAAAAAAUUUCUAUUGAUUUCUGAAUAAAUUUGUACUAUCGAA